UUGAAUUGUUUUGGCAACACUGUUACAGGAAAGAUGAAUAGAAAUGUAAUUUUGACAAUGUAGUUGUGUGUUCCAUCGGAAUUGUAUUGUAUAUUAGAGAUGUGAAUAAAAGUUCAGACACCCAAUAUAAUGCCACUUCAACCUUAAUGUCAUUUGUGGAAGUCCUUGAAUACGAGCGCAGUUCAACACUACGUUGUUGAUUUGUUAUGGGCCGCCAAGUUGUAGGUUGUCCUGCAAUGUUAACGGGGUUUGCUUCGAAACUGUAAUUUAAUUAUAGUUCGUCAUGGAGGAAACCGAUCAAAAUUCAUGUCAGAUAUGUAAUCGCUGUGCAGGGAAGUACAUGUGUCCGCGGUGCAAUAUUUCGUUUUGCUCUGUCCAGUGUUAUCAGUCAGAUAUACAUAGUGUGUGCUCUGAAACCUUUUAUAAGGAAAGUGUUCUAUGCGAACUAAAACUGGAAAAUGAUGAUCCUGAAGGGCAAAGAAAAGUGCUGGAAAUACUUUCUAGGAUGCGUACGGAAGAACAGGAUGAAUUGGACUCGGAUGAUGAACGUGAUCUCAGUGAACGACUUGAAGGUGUGGACUUAGAUGAUGCUGAUUCUGUGUGGAAGUGUCUCACAGAAUGCGAGCGACAAGAAUUUGAAGCUCUUGUAAGAGAAGGUGAUAUUACAGAUGUCUUGCCACUCUGGGAACCUUGGUGGACUUACAGAAAAGAGAAAGCUCUAGUGCAGGAACUAGAUGAAGCAUGCUGUACUGAAGAGGAGCCAUACAUAAAAACUUGUCCCCCGCUAAAGACUGGCAUCCCUCAUUUUUCACAUUUAUCGAAACAUCCUCCAGCUCCUGAUGUGAAAUGGAACAUAAUAAACGUUCUGGCAGCAUAUUGUUAUGUAGCAAGGUAUUUCAAUGGAGACCAUAAAGAACAACCUCUCCAAGCUGCUUGUCUACUGGAACGGCUCUCUGGUGUUCUACGUGCAAACUUUAGUUACAAGUCGACAGAAAUAGCAGUUGACGCUGUAGUUCAGGAUAUUCUUUCUUGCUUUGGACAUACUGAAGAAACUAUUUAUGAUGACGUAAUGAAAGUGCUUCGUGGACCUGAGGAAAGCAGACCUUAUUUCUAUGUACAGGCUGGCUUGAGUGAUAUCCAUCAACUGUUUACUCUUGCCUAUAAAAUAAAAAAAUCUGGUUCAAAGAGAAAAACUGGUGAAUUUAGCAAAUGCUUUAAGGAAUCUCUGUAUGAUGGCCAUGACAUAACAAAGGAACAACUCUUUCUUUUAAAAAAGAAAGUUGAGUAUUUUUUAGCAUGGGUGAAUGAAUAUUUAUUAAAUAAAGGACAAACUUUAGUACCAUAGUAAUUUUGGUGUUGACAUUCCAAACUUUUGUAUUGGAAAAGUAU